AAAAAAAUAACAUCAGAUCAAGCUAAAAAAGGGCGUAUCUUGUAAACUCAAGUAAACAAAGCUUCUGGGUACAGGUGUCAGCUCUUUGACAAAAUACUUUUUGAGCUGACAAAAUAGAUACUAGCUAGACUAGACUGUGAUUGAGCUGAAGUAACUCUGCGGAUCAGGGCUAUACACUUAUCUUGCAGCUAGAGUCCCUGGCCGCCCCAGGCCAGGGCAGGUCAGGAAGGUCAGGACAAUGGCAAGAAGAAGUCAUGAUCUGGGUCAGCAAGUCUAUUAUGCUUCCAGUGGUGGUCGUGUGGACGAGGUGGAGAGGCUGCUGGCUAGAGGAGCUCCUGUCAACUGGAGGAACAGUUAUGGAUGGACCACUCUCCAUGUAGCAUGCAUCAACAACCACCCUGAUGUAGUGAAGAUACUCACACAGCAAGAUGGCAUCGAUGUCAAUGUACGGACUACUCGUAAGGACACUCCCCUGCACUGGGCCUGCUACAGGGGACACUUGAAGUGUGUCCAGUUACUGAUGGCAACUGGACAGUGUGACCUAGGAGCUGUUAACAAUGUUGGACUAACUCCACUGGGAGAGGCAGUCAGUGGGAGGGAGCUGGACACUAUCAAGUACCUUAUCACAGAGUGCAAUGUGGAUGUCAAUAGAGCUGUGACCAGGAAUGGACUAACUCCACUGGGACUGGCAGUCAGAGGGGGGGGGUACCAGGACACUAUCAAGUACCUCAUCACAGAGUGCAAUGUUGAUAUCAAUGGAGCUGUGACCAGGGAUGGACUAACUCCACUGGGACUCGCAGUCAGUAAGGGGAAGCUGGACACUAUCAAGUACUUCAUCACAGAAUACAAUGUUGAUGUCAAUGGAGCUGUGACAAGUGAUGGACUAACUCCACUGGGACUGGCAGUCAGAGAAGGGAAGCUGGACACUAUCAAGUACCUCAUCACAGAGUACAAUGUUGAUGUCAUUGAUGGUGCACUAUUGUUAGCAUGCAAGGAAUCGGACGCGGAAUUUGUUGAGUAUCUUCUGAACGUCCUUGGCUGUGAUCCCAAUAUCAAAGAUGACGAUGGACACACACCACUCUUUCUUGCAGGGAGCAAGGAUGUUAUUCUACUUUUGUUGCAACACGGAGCUACUGCUGAAAAUGCAUAUUCCCAGCAUCGCAAAGCUCUUGGUAAAGUGUUUUCGAAGGAUCCACUGAAAAACCCAGUGAAGAUACUUGUUAUCGGUCACGGUGGAGAAGGAAAGAGCACUCUCAUUGAAGCAAUGGAACACGAGCCAACUGCAUUCACAUCUCUAGUCAACAUCUUCGUCUCUCCUAAAGAAGUCGAUGGAGUCAGCCAGAAAACAGCCGGAAUCAUCCCUCGCUUAUUCAAGAGCCGUGUGUUUGGAGAUGUGUUGGUCUAUGACUUUGCUGGUCAAGAGGUCUACUACAGCAGUCACGCUGCCAUUAUCAAGUCAGCAGUUGAUGCAUGUCGGCCCAUUAUUGUCCUAGUCCUAGGCCUCCAUAAAGAUGACACCUACACCACUCACUCUGUCUCCUAUUGGUUGGGCAUCAUUGCCAACCAGUGUGCCAAUAUGGAGGGCAAAGCACCACUCAUUGUGGUAGGUAGCCAUGCUGAUUGCUUAACUGACGAACGGAAGAUUUCAAAGAAAGAAGAGAUUGUUUUGGAAGCUGUUUCGAGAUAUCCGACCCUAGAUCUGCUGAAGUUCAUUCCCAUGGAUAAUCGCUACUCCAACUCUAGUGGCAUGAAGAUACUGCGAGCCACUGUCGGCCCUGCUUGCGCCAGUAUUCGAUCAACGUUGGCUGUUUCUUUAAAUGCACACAUGUUUCUGAUUUACCUUGUUGGCAAAAAUGAAAUUGCCUUAUCACUGGAGCAAGUUCAGCAAAAAAUAAAAGAGGAAUCCAGUCAAGUCCUCUCCAAGAAGCACAAAGAAGUUGUACCAUUCAUUCCGACAACCAUUCCUCUUCUGGUUGAUAUCUGUGUUCAGCUCAAUGACAAAGGUCACAUCCUCUUCCUACACAACACCAGCUCACCAGAAAAGAGCUUCAUUGUCCUCAAGAAAGAAGAGCUCCUAGGUAAAAUUAAUGGUUCCAUAUUUGCUCCAAAAGAUUUUGAUCAGCACUGUCAACUCUCCACCAGUACCGGUGUUGUACCUUGCUCCAAGCUGGCUGCUCACUUUUUUGACUUGGACACUAACAUGCUCACUGGAUUCUUGAUUAAUCUAGAGUUUGCUGUGCCCAUUGAAGACCCGGAAGUCCUUCGUCUUAUUGAUCAGCAUCGAACAGGCGAUUAUGACUUCGUAUCACCUGACGAGAAAUAUCUCUUCUGUCCCGCCCUCAUCCGGUUAGAAGUUGACACGAAAGUGUUCAAGCAUCGCGAUGACCUUGCUUAUCAUUUUGGUUGGGUGAUGUCAUGCUCUCACAAGAACCAGUUUCUAGACGCUCGAUUUCUUCACGUUCUUCUGCUUCGAUUAUCCCUCUCGCUUGGUCAUGCUCCAGUGAUCAAAGCUCAUAUCCCCUCCCUACAACAUCACUGCUCGGUCUGGAAGACUGGUGUUUGCUGGAGCACUGAUGACGGUGACAAAGUUCUAGUGGAGGUCAUUGACAAGAAGAAAGUGGUUGUUUUGAUUCAAGCUCACCAUCUCUCACUGGAUCUCUUCAAGCUGCGCUCUACUGUGAUGAAGAAAGUUGUUGACACCUCCACUGAGUUAUGCUCUACUGUAGUCACUGAGGAGGCCCUCCUUCCUCCUCUCAGUGUGACCUACCCUCUGGAAGAUACACACGUCUUUGAUCUCAAGUCUAUAGCUAAAAGUGUUGUCAACCAAAAAAUGUUUGUCGUAUCGACUAAAGGUGUAAAUAACUUGCUAUUGAGUGAUCUGCUCCAAGCUGAAGUGUACGCUGAUCUCGGUGAGAAUAUUGUACAGCAUCUGUUCAAUCCAGCACACAAGAAACUGUCUGAUCGAUUCAUCUCGGCCCUUGUAACUUGUUGGAACAAGAAUCCUCGACUGGCUGAUAUCGUACGCACAGCUAUUACUGAGAAUGCCAGCGCGGCAUUUCAAGAGUGCAAUAAUCUCCAUGAUGUUCUGAUAGUCUGGAACAACACUGGAGAUUCCAGUGUUGAAGCACUGAGAAGAAUUCUGGAUCCACUUAGUGUGUUUGCUGGACGAAACCCUCUCGAACUGGCUGGUGUUGCUGCUAAGGAGACUAGUGAUGAUCUACUACCAGCCCCCAGACCAACAGCUAACACAGACGGGGCCACACUGACAACUAUUGAUCAUGAGGAGAGAACUGACGUCAGACAACCCUCAAGUCCUGGCACAGCCUCUGAUGAGGGAGGAGUUGGUCUACAAGAGUUAAUGGACAAGUACCAUGUCGAUACCGUCCAACUUGAUAGAGAGAUCCCUGAUAAUGAAGUCGCAGUCAUAGCUGCCUAUUUCGACAGUGUGGAGCUCUACUCUCAAGCAAUGGGUCUGAGUGCCGCUGAUCAAACUACUGUGAGAACUACCCUCCUUCAAUACGAUGCUCAGACUGCCAUGACCAGGUGCUUGUCAAUAUGGAAACAACUCUACUCCUUCAAGGCCACAUUCAGAGCACUGUUGGAGCUGCUACUGAGGCUGAAUAGAACUGAAGUAGCUGCUCAAGUCUGUCAGUACUUGACUCAGAAUUCAUGAUGAUGGAGAUGGAGCAGUUAUAACUAUUAAUGAUCUAAUGCUGAACACUAACAAUAAUUAUUAUACGUAUGCUGUACCCUAUAGCUUAGCUCUGUCAUUUAGAUUGACAGUUAACUAUUAUAAUGCUGAUGCUGAACACUUUAUUAUACGUAUAAUUAUAAUUAUAAUUAUGCUACACCCUCUAUAACUUAGCUUUUUCUUUUAUUUAGAUUUACAGUUAUAUGUUUUUUGCAAAAGUUUUACAUCAA